UUCCAAACUCCAGUAAAAGAAAGAACAGGAAGUCAAACGUGAUUUUUAGCAGAAUCAGCUUCCCCACUGUUUGAGGCCAUAUUUACGAUGUUUGUGUUCUGUGAGGUGAAUAACUGACUGUUUUAGGUAAGUAUGUCUUCCGACCAGUCUCAUAGAGAGCUUAGCAGCGAGCAGCUAACUCCUGCUGAAGAAACAUUCACAGAAUUUAAGGACGUUGUCGUCAAAUACGAAGAGGAGGUUGAUGGUCCGCUCAGACUGCUGGAUUUCACCCGGAUACCCCUGAUAAUCCUUCACCGAAUAGACCCGGUACAGCACUAUAUCAAGAAGGAGGAGGUUAACAUGGACCAACAGCUCUGUAACCAAGAGGAACCAGAACCUCUACAGAUAAAACAACAUGAUGAGCUAGAACAUCUGCAAAUAAAAGUGGAAAAAGAGCUUUCCAUAAAUAAGGAGGAAGAUCCGCAUGUGAUGAAGCAAGAGACUGAUAUAUUUGUGGUGACUCCUUCCAAUGAGGAUUUAUACCACGCUGAACCUGAACUGAACAGAAACCAGUCUGUCUCUCAGGACUCUGCUGAAGCUGAAAACCAGCAUCAGGAAAGAAGCAAUCCUGAAGCUUCAGGAUUAAUCAGCGAAAAUAGCGCUCAGAAAACCAGACAGCAUAAAGACAGUUCAAAACAAAAAAGGUGCAAGAAAACUGAACAUGACUUGUAUUCACAUAAAAUCUGUGAUGAAAAUCUUUCUCAAAAUGGUCACUUGACAAAAAAUAAUAGAAAUCCCCCAAUUGAAAGCCAUGCUGCAUGUGUGAUUUGUGGAAAAAUAUUGAGUCCAAACACCAAUUUAUCUCGUCACUUAAGAACUCACACAGGUGAGAAGCCUUUCUCAUGUAAGCUAUGUGGGAAACGUUUCGGGUGGAAACAUCACUUAAAGAGCCACAUAAGAGUUCACACAGGCGAGAAGCCUUUCUCAUGUAAACUAUGUGGAACAAGUUUCAGUAGAAAACAUCAAUUAACUAACCACAUGAAAAUUCACACAGGUGAUAAACCUUUCUCAUGUACUCUAUGUGGAAAAGGUUUCAGUAGAAAACAAAACUUAAUUGACCACAUAACAGUUCACACAGGUGAGAAGCCUUUCUCAUGUAAGGUAUGUGGAAAAAGUUUCGGUAGAAAACAAACUUUAUCGGACCACGUUAGAAUUCACACAGGUGAGAAGUCUUUCUCCUGUGAGCUAUGUGGAAAAAGUUUCCUUAGAAAAAAAACUUUAUCUGACCACAUUAGAAGUCACACAGGUGAGAAGCAUUUCUCAUGUACGCUAUGUGGAAAAAGUUUCAGUAGAAAACAAACUUUAUUUGACCACAUUAGACUUCACACAGGUGAGAAGCCAUUCUUGUGUACGCUAUGUGGAACAAGUUUCAGUUGCAAACAUAACUUAACUAACCACAUAAAACUUCACACAGUUGAGAAGCCUUUUUCUUGUAAGCUAUGUGGAACAGGUUUCACUUGCAAAAAUAACUUAACUAAUCAUAUAAAACUUCACACAGGUGAGAAGCCUUUCUCAUGUAAGCUAUGUGGAACACGUUUUAGUCAAAAAUGUCAUUUGUCUCGCCACAUGAAAGUUCACAAUGAUGAAAAUCCUUUUUCAUGUAAGCUUUGUGGAAAAGGUUUCAGUUGGAAACAUCACUUAACUAACCACAUAAAAGUUCACACAGGUGAUAAGUCUUUCUCCUGUAAGCUAUGUGGAAAAAGUUUCAGUAGAAAACAACACUUAACUAACCACAUAAACGGUCACACAGGUGAGAAGCCUUUCUCAUGUAAGCAAUGUGGAAAACAUUUUAGUAGAAAACAAAGCUUAAUUGAUCACAUUAGAAGUCACACAGGUGACAAGCCUUUCUCAUGUAAGCUAUGUGGAAAAAGUUUCAGUAGAAAGCAAAUUUUAUCUGACCAUAUUAGAACUCACACAGGUGAGAAGCCUUUCUCAUGUACACUAUGUGGAAAAAGUUUCACUAGAAAACGUCAUGUAACUGACCACAUAAAAGUUCACACAGGUGAGAAGCCUUUCUUAUGUUAGCUAUGUGGAAAACAUUUCACUAGAAGGAGUUGUAUAACUUCUCACACAGGUGAGAAGGCUUUUUCAUGUAAACCCUUUGGAAAAAAUUACAUUGUAGAAAGUUCAUGAGAAUUUACACCAGAUCAAAGCCUUUCUGUUAUAUGACUUGUGGGAAAGUUUUAAUACAUAAAACAUACUUUUUAGCUUAUUACAUGACAACUCACACAGGUGAGAAAUGUUUUUCAUAUAACCUGUGGGAAAAGUUUCAGUAUAAAUUGUAAUUUAUCUGAUGACAUAAAAAUGAGAUAGAUGAGACAUGAAAAUUCACCAAGGCUAGAAAUCUUUAUCUUCAAAGUAAACAAGUUACAGUAAAUGUUUCAAUCAAAGACUGAAAGUAAAACUUCACGAGAGCUCACCCAUGUGUCAUAUUUUGAAUGUUGAAAAUCAGCCUUGAAACCAUUUCUGUUUACUGCAUCUUUUGAUCAAAAACCUGAUCAAUAAUUAAUUUGUCUGUGAAA